CUAAAGACAGCAGCUCAGUUCGGUCGGAGGAGCUGAGAGACAAGUAGUGCUCCUUUCUACCUUUUUCUUUCUAAAUAACCAACUUUAACCUGAAGAACAAAGAAAAGACGACUGCUGGAUUGUUAACCCUAAAGGAGGAGGCGGCUAUCUUCCUUCCUGAAAUCUUUUUACGACGCCGGAGCAAGAUGUCGACCCAUAAGCUUUAUCUGGAGGCCCUGUCAGCUCUGUCAGGGUGUAACGUCGAGGCCACAACCGGACCCUCGCAGCUCACCUCGCAGGAUUUUGUCAACAUUGUAGCUCUCAGAGAGUAUUACAAGCAGAGGGGCCUUAAAGAACUGCCGUACGAGAGCUUGGGGAGUUUAUCCCUGGAGAACGUGGAAGAUCAGGACAUGUACAGUGCCCAACUGGCACUGACCGGGGAGGGACCUGCAUCGAGCCUUAAACCAACAGCUAGGAUCAAUGUCCAGGACUUCUUCCAUCCAGAGUUUAACUAUGAUUUCACCAACAUAAAGGAUGGUGAUAAGACAUUUCUGCGUGGGAACGAGAAGUACACUCGCCCCUGUGGAUGGAGACGCAUCGCCCUGCGCGUCCUAGAGAAGUAUGACAAUAACCAUUGGCUGGGGACAGGGACGGACGCCUGGCCAGUCUCCUACCAUGGCCACAACAUGGACGGCUCCCUCGGCAUCAUCCUCACCCACAAGGGCUCGCCAGACGACAACCCAAGCUUUCUGGACGCCUCUGCCGCCUCCCUGCGGAGCCCUGACACCAGAGGCAAAGGGGUGUACUCCACACCGGACAUCAAGCUGGCCGAGAAGUACUGCAAGACGUUCAAGUCCAGCGUGGACGGGAAGACAUACAAAGUGGCUCUCCAGAACCGCAUCAACCCGCAGAAGAGGAAGAACUGCCAGAGGGAGGACAUCUGGGUGGUGUACAUCCCUGAGGACUACACCGAUCCGCAGAGGAAAGCCAUCGUUGAGGAAGCCCUCCGUCCGUACGGGCUGCUGCUGAAGCAGGUGUGAGCCGACGCUCCUGGACGCUCGGUGAACCGCGUCUUCACGGAUAUGAUGAACAGCAAAAGUCAUGCGAUCUCCUUUUACCUUGGGAAAAUGGAAACGCUUUGCAGGAAAUCUUUAAAUGCUGUAGCAGGGGCAUGCGGGAAUAAUUACGGUCGUUUCUUCACUUAUGGUAUAAUCAUUUUAGCAAAGUGGUCGCACUAAAUAUUCCAGACGCAGAGAGCGUAAAUCAAGUUUUGCAUUAUGGAUACUUUUCUUCUCUUCUUGUCGCAUGUUUUUAUUCAUCAGGAAUUAAGUGCCUAUUUAACUAAAGGAGCUAAUUUUGAAAUGUGACUGGAAAAAAGAAAAAAAGCAAACAAGAUGGAAAGAUUCUGCAGUUAUCAAUGUUGAUUUUUACUGCCAUGACGAGAUGUUUAGUAAAGCUUGUUGACUGUCGCCUAUUCCUGCUUACUAUAAAAUGUUAAAAAAAGGAGGUAAGAUUGCUAUGUUUUUAAAAAUUGUUACGCACAACUGAGCUGACUUGACAAAAAAAAGCACAAAUUCCUCAAAAAUCACCCAAUCAUCAAACGAGUGAGAAACCUGUCAAGUUUUAAAGAUCACUUACUUUGUUUGUUGUUAUUUUAAAAUGAGAGUGUUGCUAUGUAGCACGGUGACAUUAGUUAGAUGUUUUACACAGCUUUGUUUGUGUGUCUGUACUACUGAUCUAGUCUGACUGGACCUUUUGUCUGAAUGUUUUUUUUUGGGGUUUUUUUUGCUUUAAUAAUCUGUUAAUUCUCUCCCUUUUCCGUGUGAGAUAAAAGUCUGUAACAGAGUAUGUAAAAAAAAUAAUAAAAAUCAAUGCAAUAAAGUGGAGAGCACAAAAAAAAAA